UAUACGACGGCCAUGUGGGACCGAGUCCUCAGAAUAAACCGAAGAGCGGUCGUGCGUUUAACUCGUGCGGUCCACCUCAGAAGAAGGAGCUUCAGCAGAGCAAGCAAACAAACUUACCUACCCAAAUAAAAAGUGAUCGUCAAUCGCUGAAGUGCGAUUAGCAGUAGUGAGCAAAUUGGACGGCAAUUAUCGUCGUCGUCGUCUUUCGUGAGUGCUGGGAAUUUUGAAAUUAUGUGCCUCCUCAAAAUGGAACUGAGGGCUGCCGGGCUAGAAGGAUUAGUAGAAGACCGUCAACAGCUGUUCGCCAGUGAGCGUUGUGAAGCGAUCAAGGCAACAAGUGGAGGCGUUGAAGAGCCUACAGCAAUGCUGGAGAAAGUGAAGAACGAUCAAACGGCAACCGACAGUGCCAAGUGCGGAAGUCAGGAAGAAGUGCUCUAUCGAGAUGUUCUAGUGGGAGCAACCGAGAGUACAAAGCGCGCCUUCGAGGGUGUCCGAUCCUUGGCGCUUCAGCUUAGCCAGAGUACUUACUAUAGAAUUCUGACGCGAACCACGCAGCCAUCACAUGCCAUCUCGAUGCUGUUCGUUUCCUUCAUCCUCUUGGUGUUGUGGCCCAACAUUAUGGGACAUUCGAAGACCGUUGCCUCUCUGGAAGACGCUGUUGGGACCCCCAAACCUCAACCAAGUGUUCUGGUAGCCCUAGCGUAUUUCGGAUCUUUCGCCAUACACUUUGGCGCCCAAAUGUGGAUGACCUUCGUAUCGGGACUGGCCUUAUACUUCAACCUACCGCGUCACACCUUUGGCCGGGUUCAGGAGAUCCUCUUCCCCAAGUAUUUCACCCUGGGAUCGGUCUUCAGUGUCAUCACCCUGAUAACCUUCAUCAAGCUGCAGCACACAGCUCACCCGGAACUGAUCAACGCUACCUUCCGCAGCUGGGAUCCCGUUCUUCUGCUUCAGCUCGUUUCCUUGACCAUUUGCGCCGUCCUAGAGCUGAUCGUGUGCCUCUACCUGGCGCCUCCGAUGCUACGUCUCAUGCACCAAAAGUACCACUUCGAAGCAAUCGAAACCGUCGGCCAGGAGGUGGGUCGCUUCAGUGGAACUGAAAACCCCACACUGAGGCGCUCCACCCACUACCAAAACGUGCACAAGCGCUUCCGCCAGAUCCACAUGAUCACCGCGAUGGCCAACAUGGUGGCCUUACUGUGCACUUUUGUUCAUCUGCACUUCAUGGCGUCACGCGUCCAACUGCUAUAAGACGCCGCUAAAGACCCCACUCAAAGCCGCCAUUUUGUACCCCUGUUUUAUUGAAAGCGGGUCACAUGCUUCAGGUGCCAAAGACGAUAGUAUUAAAACACGCAAAAAAUGGAAUUCCAUCUGUUGAGCAGUAUUACGCGCGGAAGGUCCCAAAAUUACACCGCCGGAACAGUCAAAGUGACAGCAACAAAACGCUUAUCAGAUCUAGUCGAUCUGUUUGGAGAAGACGCUGAGUGAUUUGGAAUACUUGAAAAACUAAACAAAAAAACACCUUUUUAGACUGAAAUUCUAGAUUCCGGUAGGCUAAAUCAGCACAAAUUAAGAAAAAAAAAACCUACUUCAGAUCCUUGUGAACAGUGAUGAACGAGAAGUUAUACCGAUGAAGAUUUUGUUUUUGUUUCGUUUCGAUACUCUGUAGUCGUUUAAAUGUAGUAGAAUCUAGUAGUAGCUUUUAAUACAUAACUGAAAAGUUGUGUUUUUGCUUAAACAAAACAGUUAAAUUAUAAUUUCGUUCUAAGAACGAUUGAAGAACAAUCAACAUAAAACA